GCCCCGUAACGGACGGUCUGAGAAAACAUUGAAAAUCAAAAAAUCGCAGUUAACGCAGGCGAAAACGCGAAAAUCGAGAAAACUAACCGCCCCCUUCGCCCCGCAAAAAUCGCCAAAACGCGAAAUUAAACAUCGAAAGCGAGAAAAAAGAGAAGAGGUCCUUUAAACCGACAAAAAAACGAAGCAAAUCGGGGCGACUAGAAUCGAAAAAGAGAAAUUCCAGGACUUUCGAGUGGCGAAAAGUCGGAUUACGGAUUACAUGGAAAUAUAUAUAUAGACAUAGAAAUACACAUAUAUAUAUAUAGUAUAGCCUGUAUAUAGCUUGAUUCCGGGACUCGAUUUGCCCUUUAUCCUUGGCGGCUCGUCCUUUGUUGUUAUUGUAUUAUUAUAAUUUUCAGCAGGAUGUUGUCCCUGUCGUCGCCGCCGUGGCUCCUGCUCCUGGUCCUCUCCAUCCUGGCCACGGGCUCGGCCACGGUGGUCUCCCUGGCGGAGAACGCGACGCUGGCGACGCUACCCUCCUCCGCUCCGAUCCCCGUGAGCUUCAGCACGACCUCAGCCAGCGAACUGGAGAACCAGACGAUCAGCAGCAGCAACCUGAAUGCCAACAACGAAGCCAGCGACGAGCAGACGGGCAGUGCCAGCAGCAGCAACAUCAGCAGUCACAGCAGCAACAUCAGCUCCUCCAGCGGCAACAUCAGCUUCAGUCAGUCUAAUUCCAAUGCCAACAGCAACUAUAGUUCAGCUGUUAUUCCGACCACAACGACAUCUGCUGGCGGGGAUCAGCAGGAGGCGCUCAUCCUGGCCACGCCCCCGGCGCUGAACGGAAGCAGUGCGCCCGGGGAGCAUCAGCAUCACCAGACGAUUGGCCAGGCGCCGCCGACGAAGGGCGAGCAGGAGGCCAUUUUGCGGGCCUUGGAUUGGCUGAAGGAGAAGCGGGCCUCGGACUACGGCUGGGGCAACGACACCCAUGUGGUGAUCCUGGCCAAGGAGCUGAGCGGCGGCAGGGAUCCCAACGACAGCGUGGACGCACAUGUUCAGGUGAUCCAGGAACUGGAGGACACGCUGUCGGUGAAGGAGAUGGAGAUCGAGAUCCUGGCCAUGCUGGACCGCCACCACACGCUGCCGAAGCCCCUCGAUCUGGACAAGCUGGCCCGCUACGUGCUGGCCUUGGGUUCGCUGUGCAAGGACCCCAAGCACUUCCAUGGCCACGACCUGGUGGCCACGCUGCAGCACCAUGAGCCGGCCCAGGACAUCGAGUUCGCUUUGACCACGCUUUCGGCCUGCAGCUCGGCGGCCCACGUGAGGAAGCGCCAGAUCCGGCGGCUCCUGGACAUCGCCAGCGGGGUGACGGACCAGAGCGUCGACGCCAUCGCCAUGGUCAUCCUGGCGCUGCGCUGCAUCGUCACCGACCACCGCCACCGGCACCUGCAGCACUUUGUCCGUCGACCGGCACGCGGCUUGGCCAGCCUGCAGGAUCAGCGGGGGAGCUUCGGCUCGCUAAGGAGCACCGCGCUGGCCAUGCAGGCCCUCCAGGAUCUGGAGUACGACCCGGCCGGCCACUGGAACCGCACGGCCGCCUCGCGCUACAUCCUCAGCCGCCAGCGGGCCGACGGCGGCUGGAGCGAGGAGCCGCUGCAGGAUGGCCAGGAGCCAGACAUCGGCGUCGGUCUCACCGCCGACAUCAUCCUGGCUCUGGGCUGGAAGGGAUUGGGAGCGGUGCGGGCACUGCAGUGCGACCAUGUGAUACGCGAGAGCAGCGAUCCCACGGAGAACGGCGAACCCAAGCUGGCCGUUCCGUUCGGCCUGAGCUCCUCCGCCGAGGAGUCGGACGCCAAGAACAUCUCCUACACGUACACACUCUGGGUGGGAUCCAAUGUGACCGAGGCCUUCUCCCUGUCGCUCGUCUCGCCCAAGAACACUAGCUUCUUCAAGGCCAUGACCCAGGCGGCCGAAAUGGAUCCCAGAUUUAUAUUCGAGGCCCGGGAGUGGCCCAAUGGUCACUACGUGCACACCCUGUAUGGCAAAAAGGAGGAGCCCCGAGGGUAUCACUACUGGCUGCUUUACCGAUUGCCAGAGCUGCCCGAUCCCAAUAAUACGCCCGGGAAUCAGCUUAUUGCGCCUGUUGGUGUGGACGAGCUAAUGGUCGAGGAUGGGGAGCACUAUCUGUAUUGGUACAAGAAGCUCUAAGCACGCGGCCUUAGACGGAGCUGCAGUUUAACCCACUAAGCAAAGUCGAUAAACACCCGGUGCUACUGGACUAUAUCUAUUCUAUAUACGAUAUACGAUAUAUGGCCAUGUCACGUCUCACACACACACAACACACACGCAACAAGCUAGAAGGCACACAGACACGCGCGCAGGAAUACCUGUGUGUAGAUCCCUAUGUACUGGUAUUCCUGGGCGGGUGCAUUGCUCCCUCUCUAUAUAUAUUGCAUAUAUAACUGCAUAAAAUAAUGGCGUAAUCAAAAAAAAAAAAAAGAAAAAGAAAGAAUGAAAAAAAUAAGACACCCAAAACCACAAUACACGGAGAUCACAGAAGAGUGAGUGAAAGAUCGGUGAAAGGAAGCCCAGAUUUCUAACGGAUAACUAGGAUACAACACCCAAUAUAGUUAAUUGCUCUAGACCUCACAACUGAUCUCGAUUCGGAGCACCUCAGGCUAAUACUUAUGCAUAACGAUAACUAAAAACGAUAACGAACCGAUAAAACAGAUAACAAAAAGGAAGAGGCAGUGAUGAAAAACAAAAAGUAACGACUUAAAUGCACUAACAACAGGCAUCGAACGGUUAGCCGUUGACUAACGGUAGCAAUCCGUCCGUUUUUGGCCCUCUCAAUGCUUCGCUUCGCAGCGAUCGAUGCUAAUCGAUACUCGGUUAUCGACAAAAUCGACAUAAUCGGGCGAAUCGUUGGUGCGAUGAGCGAUAACUAUUUCGUUGCUCGUUUAAGACACCCAAAACAAAAGAAUACCUAAAACCAAAAUGCUUUAUAUGUUAUUGAAGUAAAAGAGUAGGGAAGGAAGGAAGGAUCUAGUGGGUCUAAUGGAUCGCGAUCUAAUCGAUCUGAGGGUAGAAAAAACGGAGGAGGAGGAGAAAGAGCUAGUCCAAGCGAAGCAUGUUAUACCAAACACCGUACGUAACAAUAAGUGAUUGAAAAUCAUCCUUAGACAUACACACAUACUGCAUAAAUCGAUAUAUACAUCUUGCAUAUACAUUAAAAAAAAAGUACGCUAGUUUUAUAUGAAGUUAAGUGAACAAAGGCCGUGGCAUAUUAUAUAACGAGUAUACAGGAUAGCAGAUAGCAGAUAGCAGAGCGGAGGAGAGAACGAUACUACCCCAGGACACUAUAUACAAACGCCUAACUAUUCGCUCCCCAUUAAUACGCACCUAUACCCAUGCCAUACUAUCCGAUAUUACAUUAGCACAUAUUAUUCGUACAUACAUGCUAUCUAUCUCUAUCCCCCGAAAAACGAAAUAUAUAGCUAGUAUAGCACCCCCAAAAUCGUAUCACCACCCGCACUUCUUCACUUAUCACUCGGAACUUUCAGCCCGUUGAUCUUAACGCCUAGCCUAACCGAAAACUACAACUACUAAAACUACUACUUGAGAUCUUUAAGUGCAGCAGCGAAUCCAAAACUAAACUAAACAUUACUAACCUAGCGAUCUAACUAACUCGUUUAUAUUAUAAGCAUGAAAUUGAGCUUUUUAAUUGUGCAGAACCCAAAUUAGAACACGAAAAACAACUUACAAUUUACAACUUACAACUACACCAACACCGACACCUAGAAAACAGAUGGAUUUGGAGAAAGCAGCGUAGGAUUUGAGAUUUGCGAUUUGAGGAAUGUGUUGUGUAUGUUCUAUGACCCAGUUUGUCCCCUUCUACGAUUGCCCAUAUAUAUUUAUUUUCGAGUCCCCGACAUUUGAGCAGCAGCAGCAGUAAAUCUACAUGCAGAAUUCUUCGAUUCCACUCGAAUCUAACAAAAAUUCAGAUCUU